AUGUCUUCUGUUGCCAAAUCUGCCGCCACCAAGCUGGACUGGACCAAGAUAGUGUCGAAAUUGGGUCUUUCUGGCCAAACCGCAGCUGCAUUGACUUCAUUCAAGAAGAGAAACGACGAGGCCAAAAGAGUUUUGUUCGAAUUGAAACAACAACCUAGCAGCGUCGACUUUGCGUUUUACAAGAGCACAUUGAAGAAUAGUGCCAUUGUCGACAAAAUCCAGAGCGACGUCGCUAAGUUCACUCCAUCCAAGGCCAACCUUUCCAAGCAACUCAACCUGAUCGAGUCCUUUGAGGCAAAGGCUUUGGAAAACGCCAAGGAGACAGAGAGCGUUGUUCUUGCCGAGCUUACCGACCUGGAGAAGACUCUUGAGAACAUCGAGAGCGCCAGACCAUUCGACCAACUUACCGUGGAGGACGUCGUCAAGGCUAGACCAGACGUCGAGGAGAAGGUUCAAGAUAUGGUGUCGAAGGGUAGAUUCGAGGUGCCAGGCUACAAGGAGAAGUUUGGUGACUUGGUCAUCAUGUAA